GGACGGGUGACGUGAGCGGGGCGGGGCCCGCGGGUGACACGUCGGACGGCGGCGCCGCCAGCGGCAGCCGGUCCCGGUCCCGGUCCCGUUCCGGCCAUGCGGUUGUCGCUGGUGUUGUCGGUGCUGCGGCCCGCCGGGCCCGUCGCCAUCGGCGUCUCGCUGGGCUUCACCCUCAGCCUGCUCAGCGUCACUUGGGUGGAGGAGCCCUGCGGGCCGCCGGCGCGCCCCGCCACCCGCCCGCACCCCGACGGCGGCCCCGCGCCGCCCCCCGGCCCCGCCAACGGCAACGCGGUGCGCAGGCCCAACGCCGUGCCCGCCGCUCUGGGCGCUGACAACUGGGAGCCCCGCGUCGUGCCCUACCGCCCACCCAGCCCCGGCAGGGCCGCCAAGAAGGCCGUCAGGACCCGGUACAUUAGCACGGAGCUGGGGAUGCGGCAGCGGCUCUUCGUGGGUGUGCUGACCUCCAAGAGCACGCUGAACACACUGGGGGUGGCUGUGAACCGCACGCUGGCCCACCGCCUGGAGCGCCUGGUGUACUUCACGGGCACACGGGGCCGCAAGGUGCCCCACGGCAUGACCGUGGUGACGCACAGUGACGAGCGGCCCAUCUGGAACAUGUACCAGACCAUCAGGUACCUUCUGGACCACUACGUGAAUGACUUCGACUGGUUCUUCCUGGUGCAGGAUGACACCUACACGGAGGCGCACCGCAUCAGCCGCCUGGUCGCCCACCUCAGCAUUGACACCCACCUCUACAUGGGUCGUCCUGAGGAGUUCAUCGGCGGGGACACCGAGGGACGUUAUUGCUAUGGAGGGUUUGGCUACUUGCUGUCUCGCAGCCUCCUCCUGCUCCUGCAGCAGCACCUGGAGAGCUGCCGCAAUGACAUCCUCAGUGCCCGGCCUGAUGAGUGGCUGGGCCGCUGCAUCAUUGACUACACAGGUGUCAGCUGUGCUGAGGAACAUGAGGGUCUGCAUUACCACUAUUUUGAGCUGGGGAAGAACGCAGACCCUGAGCGGGAGACCGACCUCCGUUUCCAGAGCGCCUUCACUGUCCACCCUGUGCUGGAUCCCCUCCAGAUGUACCGGUUGCACAAGUACUUUGCACAGGUGGAGCUUGAGAGAACCUAUCAGGAGAUCCAGCAGCUCCAGAUGGAGAUCCAGAACGCCAGCAGCCUGUCUGCAGACGGGGACCACGUUGCCACAUGGCCCAUUGGCAUCCCACCCCCAUUCCAGCCCAAAACUCGCUUUGAGGUGCUGCGCUGGGACUACUUCACAGAGGAGCAGGUCUAUGCCUGUGUGGAUGGCUCCCCCAAGUGCGAGCUGCAUGGUGCGGAUCUGGCAGACGUGGCCGAUGUGGUGGCCACAGCCAUGGAGGAGCUGAACCGCAAGUACCAGCCGGUGCUCCACGUCCGCAAGCAGCAGCUGGUGAAUGGCUACCGGCGCUUCGACCCCACACGUGGCAUGGAGUACACGCUGGACCUUCAGGUGGAGGUGGUCACCCAGAAGGGGCACAGCCGCUCCAUCACGAAGCGAGUGCACCUGGUGCGGCCCCUCAGCGAGGUGGAGAUCAUCCCCAUGCCCUACGUGACAGAGGCCAGUCGCAUCAAUGUCAUCCUGCCACUGACGGCCCAUGACCGCGACUACGCUGCCCGCUUUCUGGAGGCUUAUGCGGCGGCUGCUUUUGAGAGCAGUGAGAAUGCAGUGCUCACCUUCCUGUUCAUCUACGACCCCUUUGAGGCCCAGCAGGUCACCCAGAAUGACAUCUUUGCCUCUGUGAAGUCCCAGAUCACCGAGUACGAGCGCAAGUAUGCAGAGGUAAAGAUCCCCUGGAUCAGUGUCAAGACAGAUGCACCCUCCCAAAUCAAGGUCAUGGACAUAAUCUCCAAGAAGCAUCCUGUGGACACGCUUUUCUUUGUGGCAGGCGUGGGGACAGAGGUCACCAUUGACUUCCUUAACCGCUGCCGGAUGAACACCAUAAACAACUGGCAGGUUUUCUUCCCCAUCCACUUCCAGGGCUACAACCCAGCCAUUGCUUACCACAACCAGAUGCCACCCAGCACGCUGGACCUGCUGAGGGACAUGGGGCGCUUUGACCGUGACGUCUUCCAUGAAGCCUGCUUCUACAAUGCCGACUACAUGGCAGCACGCACCCGCAUGGCAGGGGACGUGCAGGAGAACGAGGACAUCCUGGAGACCCUGGACAUCUACGACAUGUUCAUCAAGUACUCCAACCUCCAUGUCUUCCGGGCUGUGGAGCCUGCCCUGCUGCAGCGCUACCGGCACCAGGCCUGCAACCCCAGGCUCAGCGAGGACAUCUACCACCGCUGUGUGCAGAGCAGCCUGGAGGGCGUAGGCUCUCGCUCCCAGUUGGCCAUGGUCCUUUUUGAGCAGGAGCAGGGGAACAGCACCUGAACCCUGGAU